AUGAAGCUGAAAAAAUCAUCUGAUGAGAAAUAUGUUCCUCUUAGUUACUAUGAAAUUUUGUUUGCUUCUCUGCUUGCAGUUCUUGUGUGCGUUUGUGUUGGACUGAUUGUACUUUCAUGGUUAUCAGUCCAGGAGUUAGAACAAGCUGCAGCAGAUGGGAAUACUCAUGGCUACACGGGAACAUUUAAAAUACUCUCUGGGACAUCAUUCACUCCUGCUUUGCAAAACAGAUCAUCAACUGAUUUCAAAGUCCUUGCCUUUGAUGUUGAAGAAUUGAUACAAACAGUCUUUCAAGCAAGUGAUCUGAAAAACGAAUUUGAGAGAUGUGACAUUUCCCAGUUCACGAAAUCUGAAGACAGCCAUGAAAGAUUCAAGAAAUCAGAGACUAGUGUUGUUGUGACCUUCAGCCUUUAUUUUACCCAGAUGAUAACAGUUGAGAAAGUAAAAACUGAGCUGGUUUUGGGUAUCAACGCAAAUAAAACUAAUCUUACCCAGACUUUGAAAGUUGAUGUGAACAGCAUACAAGUCACAGCAGCUGCUGAAAACCUUACUACAAUGAUGCCUUUAACUUCAUCAGGUCAGUGCUUCGAGAGAGCAAGAAGUAGAGUUCUAACCUUGGGUUGUGUUUGCCCAGGUUCAGGACAACUCACUACAAGCAAGUCCUCAACAACUGUAGCUGAGUGUUUGCCACCUGCUGAACUUUGUGACGAUGGUGUAACCUGCAUUAGAAAAGAUUUAUUUUGUGAUGGAGUCUUGGACUGCCCAGAUCAUUCAGAUGAAUCUGAAAAAAGAUGUGCUGCAGUUUGUGAUGGAAAAUUUAUGUUGACUGAUUCCUCUGGGUUUUUUCACUCUAUGAAUUAUCCAAAACCAUAUAAUGCAAAUAUUGUUUGCCAAUGGAUUAUACGAGUGCCUCAAGGGUUAUCCAUUAAACUGAACUUCACUUCUUUUGAUACACAACAAUAUGCAGACAAUUUAAAUAUUUUUGAAGGUACAGGAGAAAACAAGUUUUUAAGAGCUUCUCUGUCAGGGACUAAUCCUGAGACAAUUUACAUUUUUUCUCAUGAGGCUACAGCACAGUUUAUAUCCGAUUAUUCUGAAAAUUACAAUGGCUUUAACGCAACGUACACUGCAUUUAAUGCAAAUGAACUAAACAAUUAUGAGAAAGUCAAUUGCACUUUUGAAGAUGGCUUUUGUUAUUGGAUACAAGAUUUAGACGAUGAUUCAGACUGGGAGAGAAUUCAGGGCCCUACUUUUCCCUUUAUGAGUGGUCCUGAUUUUGAUCAUACAUUUGGCAACAUGUCAGGAUUUUAUAUUUCAACACCCACAGGACUUGGAUUUGGAGAUGAGAGAGUCCGGAUUCUGAGUUUGCCUUUGGUCUCUUCAGAUGCAUUUUGUCUAAGCUUUUGGUAUUUCAUGUACAGUACUAAUGUUUACCUUUUAAGAGUUAGCAUAAGUAAUGAGCAUGGUUUGGAAAAGAUUAUUUUCCAGAAAGAAGGAAACUAUGGAAACAACUGGAAUUAUGGACAAGUAACUUUAAAUGAAACAUCUGAUUUUAAGGUUCUUUUUGAUGCCUUUAAAAAGCGUGGUCCCAGUGAUAUUGCCUUGGAUGACAUUGGCCUGACAAAAGGAAAGUGUAAUGAAAGUAUUUAUGUAGAGCCAACUGUGAUUCCAGAUGUUACCACUGUCCCUUCAGUUCCCACUGACUGCGGAGGGCCAGUUGAACUGUGGGAGCCAAACAGUACAUUCAGCUCUGAAAACUUUCCAAACAAUUACCCUAAUCAAGCUUUUUGUGUGUGGUACUUAAAUGCUGAAGAAGGAAAAAACAUUCAACUUCAUUUUCAGGUUUUUGAUCUGGAAAAUAUUUAUGAUGUAGUUGAAGUCAGAGAUGGCAGAGGACCAAAUUCCUUACUUUUGGCUGUCUAUACAGGACAAGACCCAUUGCCAGAUGUCUUCUCUACAACAAACCAGAUGACAGUAAUCCUCCUUACGGACAAGUCUGCAACAAAGAAGGGAUUUCUUGCAAACUUUACUACUGGCUACCAUCUAGGAGCUUGUGCAAUUGAUGAGCAUCAGUGUGGUAGUGGGGAGUGUAUACCAUUGCAUAACCUUUGUGACAACCUACCUCAAUGUGAAGAUGGCUCUGAUGAAGCAAAGUGUGUGAGAUUGCUUAAUGGUUCUCUAAGCACCGAAGGGCUGGUACAGGCCAGGAUUGGGAAGAUGUGGCACUUGGCAUGUGCAGACGAUUGGAAUGAACAGAUUUCAGACAGUGUUUGCCAGCUGCUGGGGUUAGGGGAUGCAAAUAUGUCAUCAACUGUAUUAUUCACUGGAGAUGGUCCUUUUGUCAACAUCACCAAAGCAGCUAACCAGAGCCUAAUGUUUACAAAAAGAGAACACUGUUUGAACAACCUGGUGGUUCAUCUGCAAUGUAACAUUAAAUCCUGUGGAAAAUACCUGGUAACUGAGAACAAUCAAACAAAGAUUGUAGGUGGAAGUGAUGCCAGAAGAGAGGCUUGGCCUUGGAUAGUUUCACUCCAUUUUAAUUCCAGACCUGUUUGUGGAGCUUCCCUUGUCAGCGAUGAAUGGCUGGUGACAGCAGCACACUGUGUAUAUGGGAGGCAACUAAAACCAUCUCAAUGGAAAGCAGUUCUUGGCUUGUAUGACCAAUCAGAUAUGGCACAGCUUUCAACAGUAGUUCAAAACAUCGAUCAAAUAGUUAUAAAUCCUCAUUACAUGAAGCAUACAAAAGAUAGUGAUAUUGCUCUCAUGCACCUUCAAUACAAAGUGCAAUAUACAGAUUACAUACAACCUAUCUGCUUACCAGAAGAAAAUCAACAGUUUUUACCAGGAAUUAACUGUUCCAUUGCUGGCUGGGGUAGUAUUGUCAAUGAAGGUCCCACUUCAGAUAUACUGCAAGAAGCAGAGGUCCCUCUCAUUUCAAAUGAAAAAUGCCAACAACAGAUGCCAGAAUAUAGUAUUACUGAGAAUAUGAUCUGUGCGGGAUAUGACAUCGGAGGAGUAGAUUCCUGUCAGGGAGAUUCAGGUGGUCCUCUGACGUUUGAAGAUGGUAAUACAUGGUUUUUGGUUGGUGUAACAUCAUUUGGCUACGAGUGUGCACUUCCCAAACGACCAGGAGUGUAUGUUCGAGUCACCAUGUUUGUGGACUGGAUCAAAAAAAUCAUCUAUUAA